CUAAGCACACAAACGUAACAGAGAUAUUGUACUUAAUGGGGCGUUACCAUGACAGAAGAGAGUACGGAGAAGUAUAAAAAGAGGAAAGGUCACUGAAUGCACCUCAGUCGUUGACAGAAACCGUGGCAGACAAACCUGUAAGACUGCUGUCCUGAAAAAAGAAACAAUGAAGUUGUUGGUUCUGACUUUAACCCUCGCCCUGCUGUUUACAGCUGGUUGGGCUCUGCGCUGUCAUCGCUGUGUCCCAAAACAGGCUGGAGGUUCCUGCCAGCGCACAGAAGAGACCUGUAGACCAGAUAAGGAUGCCUGUGUUGCGGCCAAGUUCCUACGACAACCAUUUGGCCGAUUUCAGAGGUGCAUCGCCCUCAGAGACUGCAAAAUGCUUCAGAUGAAUGCCUACAUAGAUAUAAAUUGCUGCACCGAAGACAUGUGCAACACCUUUCAAAACGUAAAAUAAAGAAAGCUGGUCAUCUAAACAUUGUGAAAAAAACAUACACUGUGACUGAUAAUUAAAAAAUAGAGAGAGAAA